UUUGAGGAUGGCUAAAAUUGUAUGCUGAGGGAUUUUCUGUCUCCUAUAUUAAUGCUGAUUAAAUAACGUUACUUAAAUGAGAAAUCUUAGUUUUUGAGUAGACUGGCUGAUUUCUGGUUUCUGAAUCUAAAUUCUCCUUUGCCUGCUUUGCGCUGCGUACUGGAACAGAUGGCAGAAGACUCGCUAGCUUUGUGCCAGUGUGCUCAUGGAGUCUUGAUCCAUUUAGAGCACAACUUCGCACUGCUUUCCUCUUUAACAUCAAGCACAAGUUAGGACUGACCGCAGUUGCAAGAAAAUCUUUUCUUGCUUCAGAUCUAUCACCCUUUUUCCAGUAGGGAAAGCAAGCUGUAAGAACUUGCAGGAGCCUGGUCAAAAUGGUGCAGGGUUGUAACACAGAAAAUAUGCUUUUGUUUGCAGGUUUAGCUACAGGGCUGUUCUCAGGAAGUGCCUGUGAGAAGCUCUGCAAACAUCACAUUUGUUUUAGUGGGGGGAAAAUUAGCUGUGACCAGUUGGGAGAAAAUGGAAGGAACAGCACUGCUCCAUCUCUAAGGGUAGCUGCUGUUGUUUGGGUCUCCCAACUCUACGUGUUUUAAGCAUACUUUGAGAACUUGGAUAAAAUAUUGGUUUAAUUAGAUGAAAAAACUUGUGUCUGUAUGGGAACUGUUGAGUCACGGCCUGAACCGCUGAUUGAGCACCUGGGGAAAGGACCCAGUCAGCCCUGGGAGCACAGGUGAAGGCAGUUCAGCUGUGCAACUGGAAGGGUGGAGCCUGGCUGCACCUCUCUUAGACCCCAUUUAAGGGUUAGUGCCACUUUGGAAGGAUCUCCUUCUGGAGAUCCCUCCUUGGUGAAGAUUUACCCUGCGAACCUGGAAUCUUCUGAUACGGAUUGUCAAUCGGUCCAAGAAUGAGCACAUGCAGGAAGCCUUAUGUUGACCAGACCACAAAUCUUGAAAAGUUCGACCCUGAAAUUCUUUCUGAAAUUGAGAAGCUCUUUGCAAAGAAGUUUUCUUACACUAAGCCACUUAAUAAUGAAUGGCAGCUCCCAGAUCCCAGCGAUGCCUUCACGUGUGACCACAAGGAAUUCAACUCGCUUCUUGAUCUGAAGAACUCGAUGAAUGAAGUGAAGAAUCAGCUUAGUGAUAAGAACCUCAUUGAAUGGCAUCAGCACACUUCGUUUACCAAUAAAGCAGGAAAAAUAAUUCCUCACGUGAAGAAAUCUGUGAAUGCUGAGCUCUGCACCCAGGCCUGGUGCAAGUUUCAUGAGAUGCUGUGCAGUUUUCCUCUUCUCCCUGCAGAUGCUCUUCAGGAGGGACAGCUGAACUCUGUUCACCUCUGUGAAGCGCCGGGGGCUUUUAUAGCCAGCCUCAAUCACUACUUAAAAUCCCACCACAUCCACUGUGACUGGAAUUGGGUGGCUAAUACUCUAAACCCAUAUCAUGAAGCAAAUGAUACCCUUAUGAUGAUUAUGGAUGACCGUCUUAUAGCAAAUACGCUGCCUUGGUGGUACUUUGGCCCGGACAACACCGGCGAUGUGAUGUCAUUGAAACAUCUGACAGGACUUCAGAACUUUGUAAGUAACAUGGCCACAGUUCACUUAGUAACUGCUGAUGGAAGCUUUGAUUGCCAAGGAAAUCCAGGUGAGCAGGAAGCCCUCGUCUCCCCCCUCCAUUACUGUGAAACAGUCACUGCUUUAAUGAUCCUGGGCGCCGGAGGAUCCUUUGUUUUGAAGAUGUUUACCCUGUUUGAGCACUGUUCUACCAAUCUUCUCUUUCUGCUGAACUGCUGCUUUGAGGAGGUUCACGUCUUUAAGCCAGCCACUAGCAAAGCUGGAAACUCAGAGGCCUAUGUAAUUUGUCUUCGUUACAUGGGCAGAGAGAGCAUUCAUCUGCUGCUUUCUAAGAUGAUGCAGAACUUUGGGACGGAUAUGGUCAACAAAGCUCUUUUCCCCCAGCAUCUGAUCCCAGAAUCUUUUCUUAAAAUGCACGAGGAAUGUUGCGUGUUCUUCCACAGGUGCCAGGUGGAGACUAUCUGUGAAAACAUCUAUCUCUUUGAGCACAUGGAAGAAGCAGAGCAGACAAAACUGAACAAGUUGAGAGAUUGUGCAGUAGACUUCUUCAUGCAAAGAUUUUGUAUGAAACCCAUUGCUAGAAGUAACUGGCUUGUCAAGAAAUCUCAGACUGGUUGCAGCAUGAAUGCAAAAUGGUUUGGGCAAAGGAACAAAUAUUUUAGUACGUACAAUGAAAGAAAAAUGCUGGAAACCCUUACAUGGAAUGAUAAAGUGGCAAAGGGCUAUUUAAAUCACGUGGCUGAAGAACACAGCUUAACUAAUGCUGGUAAAAUGUGCAUUUUGGACGGAUUGUCUUCUAACCUUAAGUGUAACUUGUGGUACAUUUUGGAAGGAAAGAGGCUACCAGCAGUAAAAUGUUCACCAUUUUGUGAUGGCCAAGUCUUGGCAAAUCUUAACGAAGCUAUGAAUGAACUGGUGGGGAGGCCAAAAACCAAACAGCUGCUGCAGCUUUGUCACUCCUGUGAGGUACUGCCUGGGGAGCAGAUGUUGGCAGAAGUGUCUGAUCUUUACCAGUCUUAUCAGGAGAUCCUGAAUGGAAGACGUGGGGACAAAUUCAAGUGCCUUGUGGUGGAUUUCCCAUCCCUUUAUGAUGCUGAAAGCCAGCCUGGUAUGGAAAUAAAGUGCCUAGACUCGACCACGCUGCUGACUUUUAGCUUCUCUUUGCUUUAUGAUGGAGAACCAAAAUACCAACAGCAGCUUUUGGAGUGUGUUCUGCAUUCCCUGAAUCAGCUUGCAAUAGGAGAUGCAUUGAUUCUGCCUAUUCUUUCUUGUUUUACACGUUUCACAGCUGGCCUGGUGUUUGUACUGCAUUGCUGUUUCAGGUGCAUCACAUUUGCUUGUCCGACGUCCCACGAGCCACUGAAGACCUGCACUGCUUUGCUGUGUGUUGGCUAUCAGGGUGUCCCAAAUCCAGUUACUGAGUACCUGCAACAUCUGCAUAAGCUGAUGAGUUCUUUGCUAGACUCGGAUUCUCCCAAGCAAGUUUUGCAGUUUGUGCCUAUGGAGAGUCUCCUCCAGGGCAAACUGUUGGAGUUCUUGUGGGAUUUGAACACGGCCAUUGCAAAGAGACAGCUCCACUUGCUUGUGCAAGCCAAGCAGCAGCAAACGACUGGCAGUAUUUCACUAUAAAAUAACCCUAAAAUCGAGCAAGUUGCUGCUAUGCCUUGUUUCUCAGGCAGGUAGAAGUUAAAAAUGUUGAUGUGAAGGAAACGUCAAUGCCAUGGCUAAGUUUUACAGUCUCGGUACUGGGAGGAUGUUUUGAGCUAUCAACCCUACUUGUGCUGUACUGGGCUGUAGAAACCCUUGGCUUAAUCUCAGGUAUGGGAAGUCAGGGCAGUGAUUGAAGUGGACAAACUGUUUCUUCUGUCACCAGUUAUCUGUUCAAAUUUCUUCGUGUGCCACCUGGAGCAGUGAUGUGGCUUUCCUGAUGAAAGGUGGUGUGGUGCCUUACCUGUUUAUUUCGGCCAGGCUGUGGUAGGCUUUGUUUUGUGAUGUUAUCUCUCUUCUGCUGAGCUAAAUGUGGGAGUUCUGACGCUGCUGCUUUUCUUAUGGGAUUUGUGGGAGCCAAAAAUUGAUGCUGGGGCCAGAAUGCUCAGCAGCGUGCAAGCCUGGUGUGCAACUUGAGGGAUUUUGGGAGCUGGCAACUCGUUUGCAGGGGCUGGGUUGAAAACAACUGCCUUUAAACAGUAGCAGAGGCAUGCAGGGAAAGAUUCUCUUUAAAUGUGAAUGCAAGGACCGUGCUGUAUGGCCUAGGACAGGUGAUUGCAUGGCUUCAUCUCCCUGUCCCAUCAAUGGAUGGAGCAUCUCAACUUUUUUAUGGGCACCUCCUUAACCUGAUUUGGGACUCCUUGAUUGUAGUGCUAUUAAGGAGGAACUGCAGAUGUUUUUCAGGCAAACAGCGUGGUCAGGCAGGGCUCUGUGUUCCAAGAAAUGCUUUGGAGGAGUGCUAAGCUGAAGAAAUGCGAUACUUUCCUUGGGUUAAGAUUUCAUUUGAUUCUCCUUAGAGAUAAAAAUGAUGAAAUUGCUGCCUGGCUGCUCCUUUAAGGGAGUCAAAUUUUAUUUUUUGUAUUGCUCCUUUGAGGGCUGAAUUUUGAAGCCUAACCCGUACAUUAACACUUAGUUUUAAGUUUGUAGUUUACAUGGGAAAACUUGCUUGGAGGGAGAAAUGAUGUUUGGAAGGAAAAAUGAUUUACUGCAGAUAUGUGCAGGAUCUCUUAGAAGAAAGUCAGAAAUGUGGAGCCGGAAGGAAAAUAGUCUCCUGAUUAAUUACCAGUCACCUUCUGGAAGCACUUCUAAUUAUGUAAUAUAGGAGCUUGAAGGAUAAUUGAUUACUGCUAAGGAUUAAAAGCGCUGCUGAAAAACUGUUUUGUCUGGAGGUGUUGCACAUUUAAUAAGCUUUUUUGCCACGUUGAUUGGGGUAGAAUUUCAUGCAUUUAACAGUUCAUUUUUUAUUUAAGGAUUUGAUAGGUGAAUGAGUCGGUGGCUCAGGUCUGACUAACUGAUAGCAUUUUCUAAAAGUCCUGUUUUUUACAGCUGCAUGUAGGUAGAAGCAGAGAAGCCUUGCUAACAAAAGCUUCGGAGGCUGGUCAUUGUCCCCAUUUAAAUGAGCUUGCUCUGCCGUGAGCUGAGUCACGCUUCCUCCCUCGGACCAGGAGUCGGGAUUUCUUUUUCAAAAGAAAUACUGAAAAUGAGAGGAAAAAAGCAGGGAAGGAAUAUUGUGGAAGAAUGACUGACAAGGCUUCAGAGACCACCUGUAAGAGGCUCCUUUACCUGAGUCAAAGCAGAAUAAAGGUAUUGUCCACCGAAGGCACCUUUGUGUCUCUGCUGCCCUUUCAGAGGUGAUUUAUGCAUCUGAAGCCCAUGAAAAGGCUUCUCUUAAAGCAGGGGCAAAUGAGAUUUCGAGCACACAUGUGUUCUUGCACUGUGGUGUUCUGCUCUGGAGGCUCAGGUAGCAGAAGCAUCCCAACCAGCAGAUGAUUAAUGUGAGGUUUUUCUCCGAACGUCAGUCUGAUGCUUUUGAAUUCUUAUUGUAAAGUAAAAUCCGAGCACCGUUCAGGAUGUGUUUUUCAAACUCGGAUUUUCAAGUUUUCCUUGGUCUGGUUUGCACAUCUGGCAAACUAUGCAGACUUCUUGGAGAUUUCUCCAGUCCCACCUUUCCUCACGUGUUCGACAGUUAAAUCAAGGAGGAUGAGCACAGGAUUAGUUCCCACGGUGACAGGAUGUGUGCAAGGUGUUCUACUUCCCUUUCUUCCUUAGUUCUUAAGAUGAAGCAUUCUGAAUAGCUGCAGAAUGAGAAGCCAGGUCCCUAAAACAUAGGAAAUCCAAUGUCUUAUACAUCCUGGUGCCCCGUUUGCUCUGAACCUGUUGGCAGCUGUCAGGAGGUGGUGGAACAAAUCCUUUGGCAGCAGCUGCUCCUUCUGUUAUGGAAAAUAUCUGAUUUGGGAACUCUUCUUUUGUUGUGGCAGCAGUUUCAAAGUUAGGAAUGAGGCUUGUCUCCUUAAUUGUGAGAGUCCUGCAUUGUCCUGGCUGUCUCUAGACCAAUAAUGUCGUUGAGGAGUGACACUUAAUUUCACUUGUGACUUUUGGAAUAUGUAAGAAUGCAUGGGAAGAAUGCAUUAACCUUUGCAGAGAGGGGCUGAUGGCUCCUGUGUUGGGCAGUGCUGUCAGUCCCUUUGGCUGAUUGCGUUUUGGGUGAUGGCUGAUGAAGUGUCUCAGUGUCCUGGCUGCCUUUAUGCUGGCCUCUCUCUUUUUUUUCCUUUGACCUGCUUGAAGAUGAACUGGUUGUCAGCUCUCUUUUGUAGGAGCCUCGAUCUUCAUGCAGGAAAGAUGGGGGGGGGGGAAAACAUAGAUUGGUAGAUAAAUAGAACAUAGAUUCAAUCAUGGUGCGUGAAGACCCGAAGCAAAAUUAGCUUUGCAGCUCUGCUACUGCAAGUUUCCAAUGGAGGACCAAUAUCUGUGUCCAGUGAUCAGCUGCAAGCUCCACUGUUUUCUUCUGAAUGUCUGGAGCUUCUGUUUUAAGCUAGCAUAGUAGUUGCAUGGAGUUUGAAUGGGUUGGAUUCCUCACCAACCAAAUGUGUUGGUUUUCCUUCUUAGUUCAGUUGCAUUCAGACUUGCCACUUAUUUUCACUGAUCUUCUGUGGAUUUAUUUGGAUGUGCACAGAUUGUGUGUGUUUUUGCCACUGGCUUUCCAAUUUAAUUUCUGCAGAACAUAAUGAGAUUUAUGGUAUGAAAUCCGGUAGCUUAUUAAAAUGGUACUAAUUGGUGUCUAUUCAUCUUAAUUUAAGCUGAUCUAUUAAAUUACUGGUGGUCGAAGUAGAAUAUUUAGCAGAAUUAGAGUUUAUUAAAAGUACAACUUGAAAUUUAACAAGAAGGGCUUUGUGUUCCUUAUGUAGAAAGUGGGAAAAGGAAAGAAGAAACCCCACACCUUGAUUUUGGACCUCUGCAACUGGAUGCUUUAGGAUGCAAUAAAUGAAGGAUGACCGGCAAGCUGAAGCCUCAGAGCCUUGCAUCUCCUGCUACUGUUCCUAAAACCCAUCUUUUGACAUCUGUUUAAUUUAGAGAUGAUUUUCAGCUUGUUAAUUCCUAAUGGCGAAGCAGCGGAGAUCCUACGUUCAUUUGUCUUACUGUUUUGGGUGGUGUGAAAUACUUUUGUUUAUCGGCUCUAAACAAGAGCCUCCAUCUCAGCUGCAGCCUUUGAAUCUCUCUCUCUCUUUUUUUUUUUUUUUUUUUUUUUUUUUUUUUUUUUUUUUUUAGUGCUUUGAAGGCAGAGAGAUUAAAAUUUCCUCCCAGAAGCCUGGUAAUGGUUUCUCCGUCUCGUUCUUGAAACCGUUUUCGUGAAUGCCAUACGGAUAUCCUCAGCUCCAGUUGUUUGUGUUGCAUUCACCUGACAAAGAUCAAGCGUGGCUGUUUAUGCUGGCGAUGCGUUCAGCCUGUGGCUGCUCGUUUCUUGCUCCUCAGGGAACAAUUUGGAUUGCUGUUGAGCCCUCCUGCCCCACUUGUGGGGUCCAGAGCUGAAUGCAAGUCUGAACAAUGGAAUUUGCUGAAAGAAUUAGCUGGUGGCUGUGGGGACUUUAAACAAGCAGAACCUUUGUGAGACAUUUAAAAGCAUUUUGGGCAUUUUCCCACCAGCAAGGAGAGGCCUUUCCUUGCUCAAAAUUCUGUUUUAAAGAAGCUCUGAGGUGUGAGCAUCUGUGCAAAUAGUUUGCCUGUUGCUUGUUGCCUUUCUUUUAUGCACGCAGUACGUUUGUGCUUGCGUGUAUGGGAACCCCCAUGAAGGUGGUACAGCAAGGAAGAUUUUCCUUUUGUAACUUACCAGCGUGUGCUUUUGUUUUGAAGGGUGUGAAUGUAAAUAUUGUUUUGAUGUACAUUAUGGGAUGUUGGUUUAUGGGGCUGUUGUUGUAUUUCCGUUUGGCCCACAGAUGUGUGUUGGAAGAGCUUUUCUGAAUGGAUGGAAAACAAAAUGCAGAGAAAAUAAACUAUGUUCUGUUUUA